AUGGAAGGCAUGGCAAUGUACUCAUUGGACAAAUUUGAUUUCGAACCCACUGACCCCACGAAAUCCGCUUUUGCUGGUAUGGAGCUUAUGGAUAUGCUGGCAAUCGUAUUACUUGUGGAUGUAUUUGGCCUGUCGUGGUAUCUCAAUAGAAACCGUAGUUUGAAACUAGCUCACAUCACCAUUACUUAUGCUAUGGCCUAUGGUUUGCUUCUAAAAUAA